AUCACAGUCAUGUGACACAUGUUUUUGUUGUUUCGCUUCCGCCUUCAGCCUUCUCGCCGUGUCAUGUGGAUGUCAAAAACCCUUAACUGACAGGCUCCGGGUGUUGAAAUCUCCUGUACAGAUCUUCCAGGAAAUCUCCACCGGGGGUCCGAGGACUUCCCGCCGCUGCAGAGGCUUUUCCUGAGGGUGUUUGGAGCGAUGGCGGACGGGGAACGGUCGCCGCUGCUGUCCGAGCAGCACGACGGGACCAACGGCUUCUCUCCCGGGGGCAGCUCGCAUGGAUAUCCGUCAAAACCUCAAAGUUUGGCGCCGUUCCCCAGUGCGGUGGUGCCUGGUGAGCCUCCGCCCCCCUACUCACCACAGGGAAGCCCGGACAGCAGCAGCGCUCCGGUCAUCAGCUGCAGGGUCUGUCAGAGCGCCAUAUCGGUGGAGGGCAAAACACAUCAGCAUGUGGUGAAAUGUAGCAUCUGCAACGAAGCUACGCCGAUAAAGAACGCUCCCGUUGGAAAAAAGUACGUCCGCUGUCCUUGUAACUGUCUGCUGAUCUGCAAAGUCACAUCGCAGAGGAUCGCCUGUCCGAGACCAUACUGUAAACGCAUCAUCAACCUGGGACCAGUUCACAUCGGCAGGGACAGUCCUGAACCGCAGCAUCAGCCCGUCGGCAUCAGAGUCAUCUGCGGACACUGUUCCAACACAUUCCUGUGGACAGAGUUUUCAGACCGGACCUUGGCGAGAUGUCCACACUGCCGAAAAGUCUCUUCUGUCGGCCGACGGUACCCCAGGAGGAGGAGCCUGCUGUGCUUCCUGCUCUUCGUAGUGCUCGCCGCCUCCACUGCAGGACUUGUGUAUGGUACUUUGCAGCGCGCCAGAGAAUCUAAAGGGAUCUACGUGUCAUGGGCUCUGCUGAUCCUGCUCGCUCUGUUCACCAUGGCGAGAACCAUCUACUGGAGGUGUCUGAAAAUUAGCGACCCGAUAUCCAACAUCACGUAGAGGGACAACAAGAGAAAGAGAAGGGAAGGAAGGAAGGAAGGAAGGUUAGAAAGUUGGUUGAUAUGUAGAGAAGGAGGGUAAACAGUGGUUGGUAUAAACUGUGGUCACCUGAAAGAAGAAAAGUUGUAUUUAAGAUAUUAAAAAUUAACUCAGCAUUUAAAUCGGAUUUAAUGAGCUGCCAGUGGUGGAAAGAAAAGUGCUCAUUGUCCUAGUUGAUUACAAGGACUCUAUUUACCAUCACAAAUUGGGGAUUGUUGUUACAAGUGUGCAAAGAGGUUGAUCUGAUGUGUUCACAACGAUAUUAUAUUCAUUGUUAAAUGUCGACAGAAAUACAGGAAGGUUUUUGUUAGUCUUUAAGUUAUAUAAUCAAACCAAAAUAGAGGGAAAAAAACAAUAAUAAAUUGUAAUCAAACUAAACAAAUUGGAAGAAAGAGACAGGAUGAGUUUAUUUUUGUUAUUUUUUAAUUAAGAUUCAUUCCAACCUUUGACCUAACUCGAUGUUCUUGUGUGUCUUCGCUCUCUGUGAAAAUUUUCUGGGUCCAGUUGAAGAGUUUUGUUCCAAACCAAACGAACCCGCCACUGAAUCCCAAAUUACCUUUUUUUUUCUUUAUGUCGGCAUUAGUAUUUAAAUUUCAGCUGAAAAGUGCUGGAUGAUAAAUUUGGAUUGAACCGUUUAUUCUGGGAUCACCCAGACAAAAUCAAACGGCCAGUAGUAGUUAACCAGUGUUUAACUACAUUUCUUUUUUUUUCAUCUUGCAGAACAAUGAUCAAACCGGUGAAUGAGUGAAUAAAUCUUCCAUUCAUUCACCAUUUUAACUUCUUUUCAAUGACCAAGCACUAAAAAUAUCUCAUGAACUUAAAAUAAGCCAAAUUGCACAUAUCAUUUCAUGUAAAUACAAUUUACACGUAGAACUACAUAUGCUUGAUGUUUCGGGGACAUUUAAGGCGCUCUGUGGAGUUUUUUUUACAAUGGAGCAGUUUUGUUUAUCUAAUGCACGGGGAUGCACAUGCAUGCAGGUGAGGCAAUACACAGUCCUGCCGAUGUUUACACAUUAUUCCACUGAUCUACAGGUGGUGGCAACGCACCAAGAAAUGGCGGCAAUGUGCCAACAAAGACCUGGAAGAAGCUACAAGCUACUAGUAUACAAGGAUGUAAACAAUGCAGGUUUUAAAAAAUACUGAAAAAAUCGGCUUUGCAAAUGUUUUACAUGGAAGGAAAUACACUGAACACGAAGAAUACACAAUGCGUUUUGGUGAGAAACAUUCACUGUAAACAACUUUUUGUUCCUUUUACGAGAAAACUCCACAGUGCGCCUUUUUAAAGGGAAAAUGGGAAAAAAAACUAGCUUUCACUGAUUUAAAUUGUGACAGAUUAUUGCAGUUAAAGUAAUUUUAUUUUGUUUUAUUUUAAUGAUCAUGAUGUUAAUUAUCAACAUUCAAACAUGAUGUAAAUGAUACUUGAUUAACACAGGAAGGCUUUCCUUGAUAAGAGUUUAUCUGUGAUAAAACACGCUAAUUAGACCAGAUAAUAUUUAAAAAAAAACAGCUUUUAAUAAGUAUAAAGAAAAUAAGCAAAACUAGUGGAAACUGGUAUAGAAUUUGAUGAGUUAGUCUAUAAUGGAUGUACAAUGGGAAACUUGUAAAUCAAUAAGCAGGCAUUAACAGUAAGUGGCAUCAUUUUUUGUUCAGUUCUUAGAAGUCAGUCUAGUAGCAUGUCAGCAUUCACAUCAUCUCACACAGGGAUUAUGGAGCAUUUAAUUUGAUUUACUUAUGUUUUGUUUCAACAGCUGUUCAAUGAAAAUGAUUUGUGUCACAGAAACUAAAACAUAUUCUGAUACUUUAAGAAUCUGGGUUGAUAAAGGGAUAACUUUUCCACCUAAAAAGGACAGAAAUAAGUGAAAAUAUUACAACAUGUAAGAUUUCAGAAGAAAAAUGCUUUGUAAUCAAAAUCUAAAAGUGUUGUUUUCCUGUUUGAGUCACUCUUUAACAUGAAAUGACACACAGGGAAUGAUUGAUUGAUUUCAAAUAAUAAUCCAUGCAGUAUAUUACUUGAAACUAAAUUCAGCUAAACUAAUAAAUGGAGUGUCUCCUUCUCUGUUUAAGUGUAAAUAUAUUCUGUGGAUGUUUUGGAUUAUACAGAUUUAUCAGAGCUGUUGCUUCCCCCUUGUGGCUGAUUAAUGUAAGUAUCCGCUGACUGUGAAACAUGUUGCACUACACUGUACUGAUGUACUACUACUGUAUGUUUCUGUCACAGUUAUUCAGGUGAGUGGAUUGUUGUUGUUUUUUUGUACAUUGUGAAACAAAGUAAUACUUUUAACAAGG